AAACUUUUCAAGAUUGAGCUGGGGAUGGGCCUUGAUGGAAGAGACAUGUGGCAAGAGCUUCCUCCUCAGUGGAUCAAUUGUGACCUGUACCGGUUUGACUAUUCAGUGCUAGGAAAAUCCCAUGUUAUAAUGGCAGACCCAGCAUGGGAUAACACAUGAGCCUUCCGUAUGGUACGGUGACCGACGAUGAAAUUCGUGUCAUGCCGAUACCAACCACUCCAGGACGAAGGACUGCUCUUUUUUGGGUCACCGGGCGUGCAACGGAAGUCGGUCGGGAAUGCCUCCGAGUACGGGGGUACACUCGUGUUUUUGGGUUAAGAUUAAUCAGGCACUGAUAUUCAGUAGCUCCAACGCAUGAUCCACACUCAACCACAUGAAAGAGCACAUGCCCGUCGGUGUCAAGACGCGCACAGACGCUGCAGUGAACCUCGCUCAUUUCCCCCCCUGGACAAACUGGGGACUCGACACUGGCGUCAUUAUGAGUGAGGUGCGCGAGAUAAGUCACAAACUAGACGAGGUGUACGGGCUGAUCGAAAGGAUGUGUCCUGGCAGGUGGAAAAUUGAAAAUUUCGGAAGAAAGCACAAUACGCGACCUGGGUAGGUGGCAGCGAACAGUUUUAUAUGUUGUGGUGUACUGAAGAUUUGAUGAUGCUCCGCAAUUGGCUAAUGCUCGGGAAUCAGCUGGGUCCGGACUAGAUAUAUGAGGAAGAUCUACUAGUAGCAGCGCAGAUCAAGGCGAGAUACCCAGAACGUUUCAUGUCUGUGUCUGGUCAAGCUAUGAUCACUAGAUAGUCCUAUGCAUUGUUCUCAAUGGCAGCUUUCGGUCUCGUCUCACUCAAUGCCGCUAUUAUUUGUGAGGUGGGUUAGCUUCUUGGUAAGUCUCACCUCCGUAUUUUGCACGGGAUACACACACUUCUCUAUAUUAUAAACACAGAUUACAUCCGACUAAUUAUGCUACCCACUCUCGUGUUCCGUGCGAUCCGUGGUGCAUUUAUGUCUCUGUAG